GACGCAUGCAUCAGCCUGGUGCGUGCUAUAUAGAUGGGUGCAGUAAGGGCUACAUACUCAGUACCUUUCUGUCCUUUCGAGCGCAUCUCUCGACAGUCAAAAAAUAUAUUCUUCAACUUUCCGUCGUGCCCGCAUUUUCGAACCUUUGGCAACAUACCCGAUUGGAAGCGUUCCAUCAUGACCAGGCAUGGUAACAAAUCUGACAAGCCGCUCAUAUGCUCAAAGGAAGGUUGCGCUGCUCGAAUUACGGCGUUCAGAAGAAAGGAUAAGCUGAAGGAGCACGAAGGAAAGUAUCAUGCUCCAUACAACUGCUUCUAUUGCCCUCUUUUAUUCGAAUCUUUCAGAGAAGUUGCCCAGUAUACGAACACAAAACAGGUUACCGCCGAUAGUUGAGCGUAAUGAUGAUAGUUCUGGGGCUAUUUCCCUUUUCGUAAUGGCUACUUUUCGUACUUAUCUUGUCCGACUGACGAGUCUACGUUGUAAAGCAUUUCCGCCCGCCUCUUUAUAUUCUUUGUUCAGUACCCGAUGAGUUGUAACACCAAGUACCGUGGUAGAGUAGAUGCUCGGUUUUCCAGCAAUGGUUAGAUUGACGAUGACUUGAUACCUGCGAUUGCUUUCUUGGAUGGAUGUCAUGAG